AGGCCGAUCGCCCGUUAUACCGCCAGACCUCAAGUAGUCUUCCUGUAGCAAUAGCGACGUGAUUUUCUAGUGUGAAAUAAGCCAAAAUGUCAGCGUACAAGUAUAUAAUCGGUCUGACCGUUCUGGCCGCCGUACUGUUGACUGUCAGCACUUUACCCGCUGAUGAAGCUGUUGCUACUUACGAGUCGCAUAAUUUGAUCAUCGGCUCUAGAAUGCCCGGCGACAAACUUGUUUUUGAAGAAAAUCUCGUGAAGAGUUCUUCCUGGAUGCAAAUUGUGAAAAUUGAGAGGACCUUCUAUGUCCCAACAGGGCAGCGUAUCACUAUGGUUGAAGCAUUGGAUCAGAAGACAAACGGAAACGGUGCAUAUGCUAGUAUUCUGAAUGGUGGACCUGGGCACAGCAACGUCACUAUGAAGUUCAAAAGUCAAAGAAGUCACGGCAUUAACUUUGUCUUAAGACUUUAUUCACGAUAAUCAACCACCUUCUUCUGUGAUUGGAACGGCAAUUUCUGGAUGCGAUUAGGCUAACGAAGUAAAAUAACCAAUUUUAACAGCUAUUUCACACACCUAGUUCUGAGCGAUUUAUUAAAACACUGUCACACUUGCUACUAAAA